CAAUAUGACAUGCAGCAAUGAAAAUUUCAAUAACUUGAAAUUAAACUGCAAUUUCCAUUUCAUCAACUAAACUCAAUAAAUGAUCAGUUACAAUUGAUUUACUAAGGAAUGUGAAGACAGUUUGUUAACUUUAGGCAUAUUUUUCUAUAGAGAAUGAUUCAAUAUGAAUAAAUAUGGCUGAAGAAAAGCAACAAAUCAUUGAAACUCAACCAUGUAAACAAAAUGCCGAAGAAUUUCCAAAUUCAAGUCUCAAUUUAACUGCACAUAAUGAUAUUUUAGUUCAUCAGUUAUUAGAUGUUGUUGAAGUAAUAUUUGCCUGGUCCAGGAUCAGUCGAUACCAAAUAUUAGAUGCUGAUGAUAAUCAACUUUUAUACGUAUAUGAAGUUGCUGAUUGUUAUGGUAGACAAUGUUUUAGUGGUUUAAGAGAAUUCAAGUUAAAGAUUACAGUAGAUGAUAAUGUAUUAUAUUCUGUAUAUAGACCAAAACGCUGUACAAGUAGAUGUUGUUUUAUGUGUUGUCAGCUACAACAGUUAGAUAUUCUCAAUUCAACUGGUGCUCAGAUUGCUUCUGUUCAUGAAAAAUGGUCAUGUUUGAAACCAAUAUUUCAUAUUAAUGAUAAAGAUAAUGAGUUAUUAUAUAUAAUAGAGGGUAGUUCAUGUCAUUGUAGACUUGGAUCAGAUAUUAAAUUUCAGGUCUUGACAACUUCAGGUGAAGUUAUAUCAACUAUAACUAGAAUAUGGUCAGGCUGUAGAGAUUGUAUUGGUGCUGUGGAUGAUUUUAAAAUAAAUUUUAAUGAAGGUCUCACCAAUGAAGAAAGAUGGUUGAUUUUAUGUGCAUCAUUCUUAAUUGAUGCCAAUUAUUUCCAAAAACAUUCAAGAUUGUGUUGGUGGUAAAAUUAUUGGUUAGAGAGAUAAAUGAGCAAUUUUGGCUAUCAACUAACAGAUCAUAAUGUUAUUGACUCAUAUUGUUUCAAAUGUACAAUUUUAAUAGUAAACCCUUUUUAUUAUAUACUUUAAUAUUAAUUUUUUACUUUUAUUAAAUUUUUACAAACAUUUGUA